AUGAAUGGGGUCCUGUGCUGGACUGAACCCCUCUGUUCGGAGCCCGCCGGGUCCCAGGGUCCCACGCACACUGAGCCGACUGUGAGGAGCGAGCAGCGAGGAGCGAGGAGGAAGCAGGAAGUGGUGUGUAAGGCGAUCUGCGGCCGGAGACAGAGACGCUUUUCAGGAGCCGGGGCCGAGACCGGGGCCGAGGCUGCGGGCGCAUGCGGCGACACGUCAGGGCGCAGCAGCAGGAGGUCACACGCCACGCCCAGCCGGGACACCACCGACAGACGAGAGGAACCGAGGGAGGAGCAGCAGGAGGAGGAGGAGAGGAUGCUCCAGAGGAAUGUGGAGAAUAUAAUGUAG